AUGGGGGCACUCAGACAUCAAUUGAGAGAGCGCAAGCCGAAAGCGAAAGAGGCUGCUACUGCUGGGGAAUUCGACAAUCAUGACGUGAAGAAAUCAUCAGUGGGAUUCCACAAUAAAUUUCGGGAGCUGAAGAGACGUUAUAAAGGAUUUCAACGGAAAAAAGUGAUCGAGAAGAAGGAUUCUGGAAACGAGCAAUAG